AUGGAGAAGAGACGCUCCAGCUCUCGUCUUUCAGUCACCUCUUGCGCGUCUGCCAACUCUUGCUGUGCACCUAAGACAAGCACAAGUGGAUCUAUCGCAAAGCAGCACCCCAAAUCUAUCAAAACAUGCUGCACUGCCAAAGCUGCCUCGUGCGUCGAAGCUUGCUCGGAUGAGAAAAUGUUUGAAGAAACCACUAUUUCAACUUGUGCCGAUGUCUCUCGCGUCGACAAACCGUCCUCGCCCACAGCCUGCGUCGAUGCCUGCUGCAGUCAGGAGAAGGGGCUGAUACAAAAGACAAGUGAGGUUGAAGUCGAUGCAACGCGCGCCGCCGACCUCGAGGCGGGCAUUUCCGGAAAGGAGCAUGUGAUCCUCAGUCUUUCGGGUAUGACAUGCACUGGUUGCGAAACCAAAUUAUCCCGCACGCUAGCAACACUUCCCGCGAUCACGAGACUGAAGACUAGCCUGGUACUUUCACGUGCGGAAUUUGACCUCGAUGUAGGCACUACUUCCGCCGUUGAGGUCAUAAAACACCUUGAGAGGACAACUGAGUUCAAGUGUGAGCGUGUUACGAAUCAAGGCUCCAGCCUCGAUCUUAUUUACCACGGUGAUCCGAUCGAUGCAGUCAAGAACGACUGGCCAGAAGGCGUUACCGAAGUGAAGAUUGUGGAUCGAAAGACUAUCCGGGUCGACUUCGACGCGAAGAUUGUCGGUGCGCGAGAUCUUGUUGAAAAGGGCUGGCCUACACCUUUGCCACUCGCUCCUCCCCGCGCUGAUCCAACCUUGGAAGCUGGCUCAAGGCAUGUUCGCCAAGUUGGUUAUAUGACUCUUUUGUCAAUCGUGUUGACCAUUCCCGUCCUUGUUCUUUCGUGGGCUCCACUUCCGGAUAAGAAAAGGAAAGAGAUCGUGUUUGGCUCAAUAUCUCUUGCUUUUGCCACUAUUAUCCAAAUGGUGGUUGCUGGGCCUUUCUAUCCUAAAGCCCUCAAGGCUUUGGUUUUCUCGAGAGUAAUCGAGAUGGAUUUGCUCAUUGUGCUGAGCACGAGCGUGGCCUACAUAUUCUCGGUCGUAGCAUUCGGCUAUCUCGUUGCGCACAAACCAUUGUCGACCGGCGAGUUUUUCGAAACCAGCACGUUACUAGUUACACUCAUCAUGGUCGGCCGGUAUGUUGCUGCAUUAGCGCGCCAGAAAGCUGUUGAAUCAAUCUCGACUCGCUCGCUGCAAAGCUCGACGGCUACCAUCAUGGACCAGGGAGUGGAAAAGGAGAUUGACUCAAGGCUGCUCCAGUAUGGCGAUGUUUUCCGAGUUUCUCCUGAUUCGAAGAUACCAACCGACGGGACCGUCAUUUUGGGGUCCUCUGAGGUUGAUGAAUCUAUGCUCACUGGUGAAUCCCGGCCUAUCGCGAAGUUUGAGGGCUCUCCUGUCAUUGCAGGAUCAAUUAAUGGAUCUGGAGUCCUAACCAUUCGGCUCACUCGAAUUCCCGGCGAUAAUACCAUUAGCACGAUUGCUAGAAUGGUAGACGAAGCAAAGCUGUCUAAGCCCAAAAUCCAGGAGAUUGCCGACCAGAUAGCAAGCUAUUUUGUGCCUGUAGUCAUCGCUAUCACCAUCGCCGUCUUCUGUAUCUGGGUUGCUAUUGGCAUCACCGUUCAGAACAAGUCCCGAUCUGAAGCUACCAUUCAGGCCAUUACAUAUGCAAUCACCGUGCUGAUUGUUUCUUGUCCUUGCGCUAUUGGUCUCGCUGUUCCAAUGGUUAUCGUUGUUGCAACAGGAGUCGCCGCUGAGAGAGGCGUUAUUUUCAAAUCUGCCGAUGCCAUCGAGGUAGCAUACAAGACUAGUCAUGUCGUGUUUGACAAGACUGGAACCUUGACUAGAGGCAAGCUCACCAUCGCUCAAGAGAAUUACCCCAGCGCUCAUCCCGACACGAAGGCUCUGCUGUUGGGCCUUAUUACAGGCAGUAAGCAUCCGGUGUCCGUUGCCGUGGCAAAUCACCUUGAAACGGACGGUGUCACAGCAGCCACAGCAGUCGACCCUAAGAGUCUAGUUGGCAAAGGUGUUGAGGGCACUUUUGCAGGUCGCACUCUUCGCGCUGGCAAUUCCAGAUGGCUCAAUCUCUCGAACGACCUUCUUGUUCAGUCUGUUCUUUCCCAGGGCUAUACAGCGUUUUGCUUCACAGUGGAAGGUUCUCUCGCUGCCGUAUUUGGACUUGAGGACUCUCUACGAGAGGACGCUCUCUCCACCAUCAAUAAGCUACAUCAAGACGGGAUUUCUGUCCAUGUCCUAUCUGGCGACGAUGACGGUGCCGUCCGAACAGUCGCAUCUCAACUCGAUAUCCCUGAUUCCAACGUUCGAUCUCGCUGCACCCCGGCAGACAAGCAAACUUACAUCAAGAACCUCAUCGCUACCUCUGACCCUCGCAGUUCAGGGAAGAAAGCUAAUCAGCCCGUCGUCAUGUUCUGCGGCGAUGGGACUAAUGAUGCUAUUGCUCUUGCGCAGGCCACCAUUGGCGUACACAUGAACGAAGGCACCGACGUUGCCAAAUCUGCCGCAGAUGUCGUUCUUAUGCGUCCAAGCUUGUCCGGCAUCCUCACCGCCAUCAAUGUCAGUCGGAAGUCGAUCCACCGGAUCGCUUUCAACUUUGGCUGGAGCUUUGUGUAUAAUGUGUUUGCUAUCCUACUUGCUGCCGGCGCGUUUGUGCAUGCGCGUAUUCCACCAGAGUUUGCGGGGCUAGGUGAGUUGGUCAGUGUCCUACCAGUUGUUGCAGCAGGCAUACUACUCAAGUGGGCCAAGGUUUAG